AUGGAGCCAGGCUGGGGCUGGAACAGUUCUCACUACAUCUGGCCUGGGCAUGGCCAGCAGCCACUGAGCCCCCAGAUGCUGGCAAGGGACCCCAACCUGACCUUCCUGCAUACCCGGGAUGAGGAGCUGGCCAAGGCAGAGAUUGGGGUGCUGGCCACUAUCCUGGCUGUGGCGACCGUAGGCAAUGUGGGGGUGCUCCUGGCCAUGUAUCGCCUGAGGAAGAAGAUGAGCCGGAUGCACCUCUUCAUCCUGCACCUAGGACUGAGUGACCUGGGUGUUGCACUCUUCCAGGUGUUGCCACAGAUGAUCUGGGAGGUGACAUACCGCUUCUGGGGACCAGACCCGCUCUGUAGGGCAGUCAAGUACCUGCAGGUGCUGAGCAUGUUUGCUUCCACCUACAUGCUCAUCAUGAUGACACUGGACCGGUACAUGGCCGUGUGCCAUCCGCUGCACAGCCUGCAGCAGCCCAGCCGACAGGCCUACGUGAUGAUCGGGGCUACAUGGCUGCUCAGCUGUCUCCUCAGCCUGCCUCAAAUCUUCAUCUUCUCCCUCCAGGAGGUGCGCCAGGGCUCAGGGGUGCUGGACUGCUGGGCUGACUUCAGGUACCCUUGGGGAGCUCGAGCCUAUAUCACUUGGACCACACUGUGCAUCUUUAUCCUGCCUGUUGGCAUCCUCACUGUCUGCUACAGCCUCAUCUGCUAUGAGAUCUGCAAGAACCUCAAGGGCAAGACACAGAGCAGUGCCCCUGGCACGGGGGGUUUCCCGGCAGCUGCCCCUCCUGCACCCUGCUCCCCUGAGAAGGGCAGGAAGGGUCCUAACGGGCAGCCCUCGCGAGUCAGCAGCGUACGGACCAUCUCCCGUGCCAAGAUUCGCACAGUGAAGAUGACCUUUGUCAUCGUGGUGGCCUAUGUCGCUUGCUGGGCACCCUUUUUCAGCAUGCAGAUGUGGUCAGUGUGGGAUGAGGAUGCUCCAGAUGAUGAGUCCUCUAACGUGGCUUUCACCAUCACCAUGCUGCUGGCCAGCCUCAGCAGCUGCUGCAACCCCUGGAUUUACAUGUUUUUCACUGGGCACCUGCUCCGGGAUGCAGCACGAUGCCUGUCCUGCUGGGGUGGCCCCCAGCCCAGGCUUCGGAGACGGGGCUCCACAGGGAGUCUCUGCAGCAGGAAAACCACCAUCCUGAGCCAUGGGCAUCACACCAGCCCUGCCAGCCUCCCCCUGCCCCACUGCGAGGAGGCAGUGACUGAGUCAGUGAUGCUGUAG